CGAUCGCCAACACUGCUCGAUACGGUCGAAAUCAUGCGACAUCUUAAGACACAACCGAGAAAGACGCGAAAUACCGUGAGAGCCAUCGUGAAGCCUCUCGUGAAAUAGCUCUGACGUGUCACGUUAUAAAAAUCCUAGUAUAUGUUUUUUGGCGCCGCCAACAUUUUAAAAAGAAGUGGAAUAGACGAGAGCGGACGAGAGUUCAGUGAUUGUUUUGUUCAGUAAAUAAGUGGUAAAUGUGAAUUUUAUAAUUGUCCUCAUGACUAGAAUAAUGUUUUGUUUUGAAUUGCAUUUUAUCAGCCACCAGGGCUGUUAAUGUCGAUGGCAAUAUUUUGACUUUAAUGUGAAAUUUUCCCUUAACUUAGUGAAUUUAAGGUUAUGAAACUUGCGUCUGUUUUAAUUACGAAUUUUAAAUAAGAACUAUGGAAAGUACAGACGAGGAAAAGCUACUUGAUGCAGACACACCAGUUAAUGUUAUUGAUCCUGAAAAAAAUAAUGAUGUGAUUUCAAGUAAUGGGGAUAAACAAAUACGUUCAUCAGUGGAAGAAAUGUGUACAGUUGAGGAGAGAAAAACGAAAACAGAAGUUUUCAAAAAACCUUCGUUUCUCAUCGGACCUCGCAAAGGCAAACCAAUUGGGAAAAUGCAAGUAUUAAAGUCAGCGGAGCCUCCUGACACAGUCGUGGAAACAGAAGAACCUCCCAAAGAAGACCAAUCAGUGGAAAUCAAGAACACUGCUGAUGUUGCAAUAAAAUCAGAGUCUGAUAAAGAUGUUGUUGAAAAGAAAGUUCAUGUCAUAUCACCUGCCCAGAAACUGAAUGAGAACUCUGUACCUUUGCCAUACAAGGAACCAAAGUGGAGUGGCAUUCCAAAUGACUUGUACAAAUUUGAAGUUUUAAAGAAUGGUAGCAUUGUUGAAACAAUUGAUCUUUCUUCUAAACCGUAUUUUAUAUUUGGUCGUUUAACCCAAUGUGACAUUCAGAUGGCUCAUCCUACAGUCUCACGUUAUCAUGCAGUAUUACAGUUUCGCAGUGAUGAUACUGAUGGAGCUGUUGGAUUUUACGUUUAUGACCUUGGAAGUACUCAUGGAACUUUCCUUAAUAAAAACCGAAUCAAACCUAACAUAUACGUUCGAGUACAUGUGGGACACUUACUAAAAUUAGGCGGCAGCUCACGAAUGUUUAUCUUACAAGGACCUGAAGAAGAUAUGGAAAAAGAAUCAGAACUAAGUGUUACAGAAUUGAAGGAAAAACGCAAAGAAGAACAGGCAGCAAAGGAACUUCAAGAAAUCCAAGAAUCUGAAGAACUUCGUUUACAGCAAGAAAAAGAAGAAGCAGCUGGAAUUGACUGGGGAAUGGGAGAUGAUGCUGAAGAAGAAACUGAUUUGUCAGAAAAUCCAUUUGCUGCAGCCCCUAAUGAAGAACUGUAUCUUGAUGAUCCUAAAAAAACAUUGCGUGGUUGGUUUGAACGAGAAGGAUAUGACCUGGAAUAUGAUGUGGAAGAGAGAGGUUUUGGACAGUUCUUGUGUCGGGUAGAGUUGCCAGUGGAAAGUGUCAAAGGAGGGACAAUUAUUGCUGAAUCAUUAGUGAAAGGAAAGAAGAAAGAAGCAGUUGUUCAGUGUGCUUUAGAAGCUUGUAGAAUUUUAGAUCGAUAUGGAUUGCUGAGACAGGCAAAGCAUGAAAGUAGAAAGCGUAAAGUGAAAAAUUGGGAAGAAAAUGACUUUUAUGACAGUGAUGAAGACGAAUUCCUUGACCGAACUGGAAGUGUUGAAAAGAAGAGACAACAAAGAAUGAAAGCAGCUGGUAAAAUUCAGACCCAAACAGAAACAUAUGAAUCUCUUGUUGAGAAACAAGAGGAAAUUUUAUCCCAAAUUGACAAAAUUCAAAAUCAAUUAGAAGAAAUUCAAACAAAAAAGAAGAAAGAACCAGAAGCCGAUGAAGAUGAAGAUGAACUAGAUGCAUUCAUGACAAAUCUCUCAGCAGAGGUUCCUGACCACAAGUUAAUCAACAAGUUAAAGUCUGAGUUGUUGAUGCUAAGAAAAGAAGAAGCACAUGUCAAAAAGUUGGUGAAUAUUGCAUGCCCUGCAAGUUUGCCGAAAUUAAUGGAGGAAUCAACACCACAUUCAUCUCUACAGCACAGAAAUAAAUAUUCUGGAGUUCUUAAACGCAAAGUUCCAUGCCGUUCGUCAGAGGUAGAAGUGCCCCAGGUUAAAGAUGACAUAUUAGGCAAAGAAGCAGAGGAUGAAGAAGAAGAAGAAGAAGAGGAGGAGGAAGAAGAAGACGUCGACAAGAGAGUGAGAAUGGAAAUAUCAAAAAAUCCUGUUGAUGCUGCUGAAAACCCUGAAAAGGAAUCUGCAGUGAAAGACAUUAAUGAAGAACGCAGUAAAGUUAUUGAGGAAUUAAUCCAAGAAAAGAAUUCUAGUCAGAAAGACAUUGCAAAUGAUUCUAGUGAGUCACAAGGUGCUAAAGAAAGGAGCAACAAAUGUAAUGAAACCAAUGCAUCGAAAAGUCCAAAAGUUAUUGGUCCUAUUCUGCCUCCUGAAGAUUUUGUAACUGAGGGACAUACUGAGAAGCGUAAAAAACGAGCAAGACAUCGCCCAAAUAAGAAGAUCAUAAAGGAAUCAGUCAGCAUGAGUUCUGCAGAUCCGAAUUACUCAAUGUGGCUUCCUCCAGAGGAUCAGAGUGGUGAUGGAAAAACUAAACUCAAUGAAAAAUAUGGCUAUUAAAUAAUUGUAUGUCACUGAUUGUAUAUAUGUAUUUUGUAUAUAUCAUUUUUAUCUUUAUUUUGUAUAAAGAAAAUAAAAAUAAUUUUGAAAUGUAUUUUUGAUAUUUCAAACUGAAAAAUGUCUGACAAAAUAAAACAUUACACCAUUU